AUGCGUCUACUGUCGGCGAGAGCCCUUCAGUUUGAGGAGGUCUUCGAACCCAACAUCCCAAAUUAUGCGAUACUGUCGCAUCGUUGGGAAAAAGAGGAGCCAUCCUACGUGGACAUGAAAACUACAAUCAUGCAGAGGAAGGCCUGGAAACCAGGUCAAGGGUCGCCUUGGAAAAACCUGAUAUUCUUUGAUAAAGAUUGGAACAGGUGUGGCAAUCGUGUCGAGCUACAAGGCGCCAUCCAAGCAGCCACCGGGAUAGAUGCGACCAGCCUCACCAAAGCCUCACACAAAGAUAGAACAUUCCUUCGGACCAUUCGGCUAGGACGGCUUUUUUCUUGGGCCGCCAGUCGACAGACUACUCGACGCGAAGAUCGAGCAUACUCACUCCUGGGACUAUUUGACGUCUACAUGCCAUUGUUGUAUGGUGAGAAAGAUCGAGCAUUCUAUCGCCUACAAGAAGAAAUAAUCAAGGAGAGCGAAGAUGCAUCUCUGCUUGCCUGGAGCUAUACAGAGGCUGACGAUGGAUUUGCGCCGAACGGCUUGGCCAAAUCCCCCUCGCAAUUUAAAAACUAUCAGAAUUUAAUGACAGAACACCUUACUCAAGUACCCUAUGUUGCGAUCAGUCCGAGAAUGAUAGCAAGGGGAUUGCAAGCUACCCUGAGGAUCAGAAUGGAUCCAUACGAGAAGAGGCUCGGAUAUGCUGUUUUGGCGGAUGAGACAAACGGGAGAUCCCUGGUUCUCCCUAUUCUCUUUUGUUCGCUAACGUUCGUAAGAACUUUGGUACAAAAUGAGUGUGUUAGAUUUUCGGAUCCCGUUUGGGUUCCAUCACGGUUUGUCAGCAAAGCUAAACCGAGAUCCAUUUGCUUCAUUCGUCACGUAGAGGCUACCUACCUCUAUGAGCCUGGUCAUGGCCUGAGUCUCGGCUCAGCAGUAUGGAAGAAUUAUAUUACAACUUUCACCUAUCCUAUUCAAACGCAAGCCGGGCGUCGCCAUUUUCCUGCACUGUUAGGAAGAUUCACAACACUUCCAGAACAAAGGGAAAAGGACUAUACCUUUAUUGUAGAGCUGACCGCUCGUACAAACGCCAAGCGAACAUAUGUUCUUAUAGUUAACUACCGCUCUAGUGGCACAGGUAUAGAAACUAAUAUGACUGUCACAGUUGUCCGGCGUAAAUGGCACAUUAAUCUAGCAUAUGCCAUGAAUCUUGUGCAACGCCGAGAUAACCAAAAGUCAUGCAAACUCCCAGACGAGCACGGCAAUGCUAUUCCAACAGCAGAAAUUGUUUCUAUUUCUCAUGUUACCAGCUUAUGGGUUAGCGAGGCUGAGAAUGACUUGGACAAAGCUAUUUCACGUCCCCGCAAGGACAUCAAGGUCAGAACGCUCGGUAUUAUUAGGAAAGGAUCCUUUAUUUGA